GGAGCGAGGGAGGUGUGUAACAAUUUCCUGUAGUUGCGCUCUGAUCUGCGUUUCUGCACCUUCCUCUCUGAGUCUGUUUCUGUCAGGGCGAAGAGCACAGACGAAGCUGAGCGGAACAGGAUGCAGGCUAUCAAAUGUGUGGUCGUGGGAGAUGGAGCUGUGGGAAAAACAUGUCUCCUCAUCAGCUACACAACCAAUGCCUUCCCCGGGGAGUACAUUCCAACUGUAUUUGACAACUACUCAGCUAAUGUGAUGGUGGACAGCAAACCGGUCAACCUGGGCCUCUGGGAUACAGCUGGACAGGAAGACUACGACAGGCUCCGCCCACUCUCCUACCCACAGACGGAUGUUUUCCUGAUCUGUUUCUCCCUGGUGAGCCCAGCGUCCUACGAGAACGUCAGAGCUAAGUGGUACCCGGAGGUUCGCCACCACUGCCCCUCCACACCCAUCAUCCUGGUGGGCACCAAGCUGGAUCUGAGGGACGAGAAGGAUACCAUUGAGAAGCUGAAGGAAAAAAAGCUUGCACCAAUCACGUACCCUCAGGGCCUGGCUCUCGCAAAGGAGAUAGACGCUGUGAAGUACCUGGAGUGCUCGGCUUUGACCCAGCGUGGUCUGAAGACUGUGUUUGACGAGGCCAUCCGUGCAGUGCUCUGCCCCCAGCCCACCAAGGUCAAGAAGAAGCCCUGCUCACUGCUGUAAAUGAUUCUUCCAGGACCAGAGAGAAGACAGAAAGACAUUCAGCCUGCUGAACCCGGCUUAUAAGAAGAACAUCUGAAAGUUCUGUAACCUUUCUAAUCGAAAACUAAAACUAGAUUUACACUAGUUUAAAAAAAAUUACAUUUGCAAUUAUAAAAUAGUACAAUACUUUGUGUACAGCACACUCUGAGACUGAAUUUUAAAGUGCAUUAUAUACGCAGCACCAUAAAGAAUUUCUCUGUAAAAUAGACCAUCUCAUUAGGCUGAAUCACUCGAUCUGGAGGCAACAGAUCCAGUUCACACACAGGUCCCAGUUCUCACACUAUAGAUUCGUCAUGCCAGCUUUAUCCAGUGCACCUGCACGCAUCUCACCACUUGGGGCAAAGAAUACAUAUAGGUGUCAUGUGCAGCUUAAGAUAAUGAUAAUAUUUGUUGCUGAGUGAAACCAUGGCGUUGCAGUGAGAUUAGCUCAUAAUGCGUUAUGGCUGUUGUUGCGAGGGUGAUGAACAAUGAUUAAGAAAAAGGAUCAGGAAUGUAGUUUUGAAUGAACAGGAAGCCGAACAAUGUUGUGUUUCAACAAAUUUUUAACAAGUGUAUUCUUUGUUGUCAUAUAAAAAUAAAAGUUCUUUCAUC